UAGAAACCUACAUCAUAAUUUAAAAUAAGCUUAUCCAGAACAGUUUCUGAUCCAUUGCCCUCUUCUGGCCACUCACGAAAAAAACAAGGCCCCGUCAACUACAUCGCCAUGACAUCAUGUCCAACAACCCAGCCAUCAGGACAAAUAAAUAGCCAUCAUGCAGACAACCAAGCCAAUUCACCUAGUAGUACACUGCCAGGGUAGUCUAUUAUACUGUGUACAUACUACUCCAGGCUAUGCGACUUCCUAGACCCUUCCUCUGCCACUCCAGACCCCUGCCACUCCGAACGCCACCCUCCCUAUUCAACCGCAUCAGCUUCAUCCAUUUCCAGCCGACAGCAGCUAAAAUGGCAAACAACACUCAAUACGGAGGCGAUCCUCUUCCCGAUGUGGGCGCCACCUAUCCCUCCCAGAACAACCAAUCCAAAUCCAGCGAAGACGACUGGACAAAGCGUCCGCCCUACAGCAUCCGCUCCCCUGAGGAAUUCGGGCCCGUGAAAUGGCGUGGGAAAUGCCAAUGCGGCCAGGUGACUUAUCAAUCAAGCCGGGACCGACCAUUGAAGUCUAAAUUCUGCCACUGUCGGGGCUGUCAAGUGACGCAUGGCGCGCCAUUCCAAUGGGCGGCUAUUUUCCAUAAAUCUGAUCUCGCUUUUACGAAGGGGGCUGAAGGCCUGUCGUUCUACUCCUCCACGAAUGACACUCAGGAGUAUAAGCUUCCGACUAAGGUGUAUUGUUCCUAUUGUCGAUCCCCUAUUAUGGAUGAGGGACGGAAUGUCUGCUUGAUGUUUCCGCAAGCCAUCGAGAGCGCUGAUCAUGAUGAACAUCGGCAGCACUGGCGCGAGGCGUUUGAACCAGAGUGCCAUAUUUUUUACGGCAAGCGAGUCUUAGAUAUUCCAGAUGGGAAGCCCAAGUGGUCGGGAAUUGACGAGCAAAGUGAUCUUUUGGAUGAGCAAGGCCGCAAGAAGGAAUGACUUGAUGGGAAGAAUAGUAGCCCCCGAAGCCGGAUGUAGAUAUGCAUGUUUUGUUUUUCUCUAUUAUUUAGCUGUCACGAAGUAUGAGCAAUGAUUAGGCUUCAGCCUUGCCAGAAG